UUCUUGACCUCCACUAAGUCUCUCUCUGUUUCUUUUCUUAGCUAGCUUGUUACAGUUGAUGUCCAUGAACAACAAUUACAAGGAUGAGAAGAAGAUGAGAGAAUAUAACUACUCCACCUCCAACGGUCCAAUCUGUUGUUCCCAUGUUCUAAAGGAACUCAGCCGCCACCAUGUCGGAGUAUGUCCUCUCUGUCUCACCGACCGUCUUCUCCUCUUAGCCGACCAAUCAAAACCCUCCUCAACAUUCCUUAACCACUACAAAAUCUCCAACACUCUCGGUUUCCUCCUCCGUCGCUUUGAGUUCCGCCGCCAACGCCGCUCCGCCACCUCCCCCGAUCAGGACCACGACGACGAAGAUCUUGAUAGCCCCGAAGAUUCAUUCAUAUCAAUAAAGUUUGGUGACAAUGGAGAGAGUUUAUGGGAAGAAAAGACAGCUUCAAAGGUAUCUCUUGAACAAUAUUCAUGUAGCAUGAAGAUAUUGUCAUCAAAGAAGAAGAAGAAGGAUCUUGAGGUGGACACCACGAGCGUGGUGGAGCACGGGAAGGCAAGUGCACCUCUGCUGAUGUGGCGGAAGAAGAUUGGACAUGUCUUCCAGCUCAGCAGAUGGAGGAGGUCCAAUAAUGUGGGCAUGUGCCACGUGGGCAGGGAGGGAGUGGUGAAAGGUGCUAGGAGGAGGAGUGGGUGGAUAAGAAACCUCAUGGUAAAGAGGAGAACCAUGGAAUCAAAAGAGGGUUGUAUAGAUAAAGACAUCUAAUAUUUUGUAAUGUAGCUUUUGCCAUUUUAAAAAAAAAAAGAGAAAGAAAAAAAUAAUUAAUGCCCCAUUUUGUUUGAUCUCUUGUUCACUUUAGGACUUGUUUGGUUUUACAUUUUAGGGAUUAAGGACCUAUCAAUGUUUUUAUUGGACUUUUUAGUA